UACUCCGGCUCCCUCGGGGGUCGGCCCUGGGCUGGCCCUCGCCCUGUUCUAUACCUGUUUCCCUAUCUGUACCGUGAGAUACCUCGCCUUGCUGAGGGCGCCCCUUACCUGGAGGUACCGGGUUUCAAAGGUUAAAUUGUGAAGGAAGGUCCUGGCCCUCGGCCCCACUGCCUGUCGUCCCCGAUCCUAGGGCCCAGAGCCCAGAUCCCUGUCUUGCGUCCAGCCCGUCCCUGGUGCUUGGAAACGAGCCCCACUCUCCCCUAGCUCGCCCGAGGGUCGGUGUUUCCGGCGACACGGGGGCCGGGUCUCUAGCCCUCUCUUCUAGGGCCGGAACUAUCGUACAAGAGCCCACGUUUCCCAGCCGGAGGGGUGAGGAGGAAGCGGAGGCAAGACCUCGUUCACCACUAGGAAAGGGAAGGGGGUGGUACUGCGCGCGGCAUUUUGGGAACGUGUGGUGUUAAGCGAGCGCGCGAGCCGCCAUUCGCUCGCCUCACGCCUUCGCUGUCUCCAGAGUUGCCGCCGCACCGGAAAGGAAGAGAAGGCCAGAGCCGAACUCUCUCCUUGCCAAGAUGUCUAUUGGUGUGCCAAUUAAAGUUCUACACGAGGCCGAGGGUCACAUCGUGACAUGUGAGACAAACACUGGUGAGGUGUAUCGUGGGAAGCUCAUUGAAGCGGAAGACAACAUGAACUGCCAGAUGUCCAACAUCACAGUCACAUACAGAGAUGGCCGAGUGGCACAGCUGGAGCAGGUAUACAUCCGUGGCAGCAAGAUCCGCUUUCUGAUUUUGCCUGACAUGCUGAAAAAUGCACCCAUGUUGAAGAGCAUGAAAAAUAAAAACCAAGGCUCAGGGGCUGGCCGGGGAAAAGCUGCUAUCCUGAAGGCCCAAGUGGCUGCAAGAGGAAGAGGACGUGGAAUGGGACGUGGAAACAUCUUCCAGAAGCGAAGAUAAAUUGUCUGUUGAAUAGAACUUUGCUCUUAUUUUUUCUUUUAGAUUAUCUGGGUUCAUGGCAGGUGCGUGCUUAUGUGUAUACUAGGUUUUCUUUUAGCAUCUUUCUUUAGAUCAGGGUAAAUGUUUCACUAAAUAAAUAUAGUCUUUUUUUUCCUUUCUUUUUGAGAAAA